AUGACUGACAAGACUCGACUCAAAACAGAACUUCUUCGGGAUAUACUAAAACUUCGCAGAUUUCAGGACUCAUGGAAGAUAUGUGAAUAUCUCAACGAUAGUGAGGCCUGGGAUUUAUUUGGAAAGGCAGCCAUUAAUGAUAUGGACAUCGAGUUGGCCACAAGAAUCUACAGACACGUCCAGAACUCGGGUUUUGUGAAUGCAUUGGAAAAACUGAAAUUAAUAGAAGAACGAAAUCUAUUGGCCGGACAUUUGGCCAACUCUUCCAAUCGAUACGAUUUGGCGCAGACUUUGUUCUUGUCGUCAUCACAACCACUGGAAGCGCUGGAAAUGAGACAAAAUCUGUUGCAAUGGAGUGAAGCGCUAACUUUGGCUAAACGGUUGGCUCCCAAUCAGAUCCCAAUCAUUUCCCGGGAAUAUGCCGUCCAAUUGGAGUUCACCGGCGACUAUACGAGUGCUCUCGACAACUAUGAAAAGGGUUUGAUUGGCGACGAAGAUCUCAGCACUACUUCUCUCAGUGAAGACGACCUUAAGAGUCACAAUGAGUUAUGCAAAGCAGGAAUAUCUAGGAAUGCCAUUCGUUGCGGUAAUACUCGACGAGGAAUUGAAUUCGUGUCCCAACUCUCACAUAAUAAAGUUCUUGUGGAAGAAUGCGCCACAAUAUUGGACUCAAUGAAACUGUAUUCAGACGCAGCACUGCUUUACGAGAAAAGUGGUAACUAUGAGAGGGCCGCCAAUCUCUACAUGAAAGUGAAAAACUUUAAUAAAGUAUCGGAUCUGUUUGAAAAAGUAGACAAUAAGGAAAUUCAGAGUCAGUACGCGAAGGCAAAGGAAAUGGAGGGUAAAUACAGGGAAGCCGUUAAGGCGUACAUAAAAGCAGAGGAAUGGCUGGAUGUGGUGCGCCUGUACUUGGAUUAUCUCAAUAAUCCGGGCGAAGCCGUGAAGAUUGUGAGGGAAAGCAAAUCAAUAGAAGGCGCGAAAAUGAUCGCAAAGUUCUUUCAGAAGCUAAAUGACAUGAGUUCUGCCAUUGAGUUCCUGGUUAUGUCCAAAUGUCACGACGAGGCCUACCGUUUGGCGCAAUCCACGAACCAAAUGGAUAUUUACGCCAAUAUAUUACUCGAUUACGCUGACAAUCACGAGUUGUCUCAGGAUUUCUUAAGUAUUGCCAUACAUUACGAACAGGAAAGGGAUGCCUUAAGAGCGGGAAAGUUCUAUUGCAUCGCCGGUCAAAACAAGAAAGGCGUCAAAUUUCUUCUGCAAGCGGCCGCCCUCUCCAAUGAGGACCAGAACCAAGCCUUGCAUUUAGCCAUCGAAUCGGCCGCCGAUUCCAAAGACGAACAGAUCAUAAGAAUGAUAAUCGACUUCUUGAUCGGCGAAACGGAUGGCGUCCCCAAAGAUUUCAAAUACUUAUUCAGACUUUAUAUGUCUCUUAAGUACUACAGAGAGGCGGCUAAGACUGCGCUUAUCAUAGCCAGAGAGGAGCAGAAUGCCGGCAAUUAUCGUAACGCUCAUGACUUGCUGUUUGGUAUGUGUCAGGAAUUGAAACGACAAAAAAUUACUGUCCCCUCAGAAAUGGUCAAUAGUUUAAUGCUAAUACACUCGUAUACACUCAUAAAGCUAUGGAUCCGAGUGGGGGAUCACAUGAGAAGCGCUAAACUACUAAUUAGAGUCGCAAACAAUUUGAGUCGAUUCCCAGAGCAUAUUGUUCCGAUACUGACUUCGGCGGUAAUUGAGUGUCAAAGGGCUGGUCUCAAGAGGGAGUCCUUAGAGUUUGCGACGACACUAAUGAAAGGCGAAUACAGGGAUCAGAUUGACCUGAAGUUUAAGAAAAAGAUCGAGACUUUGGUUCGUAAGUCAGGCGGAGCUCAUCUCAGAACUGGGGACACAUCGGACGCCGAUCUCAUACAUACUCUCUGUCCGUAUUGUGAUAACGAAGUCAUUGAUACAGAACUGAGUUGUCAUAAGUGUCGCAAUUCUAUACCUUUUUGUAUCGCAACUGGACUUCACAUCAUUAAAGAAGAUCUAACCGUCUGUCCUAACUGUCACUUCCCGGCUAUUUUGAGUCAUAUUUUGCGGCUUAUCUCAAACGAGCCCAUAUGCCCGAUGUGUAACACAACCAUCGAUUUGACACAAAUGGCUCAAUUAGAAGACUUUCAAUCCGUUUUGGACUCCAAUUAGCAAAUAAAUACUUUAAAC